UUUUAAUGUAAAAGUCACGUAACAUAAAAUUCACCAUUUUAGACAAUACAGCUCAGGGAUAGAGCAUGUGCUUAGCAUGUACGAGAUCCUGGGUUCAGUCCGCAAUACCUCACCAUUUAAACUAUUUUAAAGUGCAGAAUUAAGUGUCUUACAGAAAAGUCAAAAUGUGCAAUCAUUACCUUGUGGGGUCAUUUAAAAAAAGUAACCUUGGGUUCCAAGCAUACUUGGCACAAGAGGUUUGCAGUGGUCUAUUCUAAGGGCAAGCUUCAGUUGACUUCCAGUGAGCCAGGCAAAAAAAAAAAAAAGAACAUUUGUGUCAGUCACUAACCAGGACUGUAUGGCAUCAAAUCUAAGCUGCCCUUCUGAUAAGACACAUACUGGGCUCUACUUGAUUCUCGUGUCCUACAGGGUGUCCCCCAGGGUGAACCACCAUCACCCUAAUUCCAGCCAAUUCCCACACCAGACCCCACCAUUUCAAGCUGUGGGAAGUUUGCUGAGAAACCAUCGUUUUUAGGUGACUGGCAAAGGAGGAAGUGGCAUUUGUGUUUUAUGCUUCAGGUCUACGUGUUGCUAAAAGGAUAAUAUUUCCUCCUUCUCUUGAAACGUGGCUUCCUCUUCUGUGACAGUGAGGAGGGUUUAGCAUUUGUCAGAGUGGGUAGAGCUGAUUACAGCGCCGGGGUGUGUGUUAGCUGACGACUUGGCGAGCAGCAGCUGGCGCGGUCAGAUGGAUUAAAUGAAGAGGGUUUCAUGAAGAGACCAUCUAAGUGUGGGCAGGUAAAAGUGGUUCCGGACCCAAUUCCAAUGUGUGUGGCUUUCACAAAACAAUUCUCUGACACCAACAGGGUGUCCAACAAUUCAACUCAGUUGUGACACUCUCCACCCAGAGGUAGCACCACAGGUUAGAGGCUUGGUCCCACAAGACUGCCUCUCAGCCCCUGACCAGCUUCAGAUGCCAAUCACAAGCCCCAGUGUCCCCUGUGCGUCUGUCCCACUGGCUGUAGACCAGAGGUUCCAACUUCUCUCUCCUCGAGUUCCAUUAGUUUGCUCGAGCUGCUCACAGAACUCAAGACAACAUUUUACUUACUAGAGUACCAGCUUAUUAUAAAAGGAUACAACUGAGCAACAGUGAGAUGGAAGAGAUGCGUGGCUCAGAGUAUGAGGAAGCAGCAUGGAGUCGCUGUGCCCUCUCCAGGCACGCCGCUCUCCCCAGAUCUCCGGUGCUCACCAACCCGGAAGCUCUCUGACCCCUAUCCUUUUGGGUUCUCAUAGAGGCUUCAAUACACAGACACGACAAUUAGAUCAUUGGCCAUUGGUGAUUGAUCUGACCUCCAGCCCCUCCCCCUUCCCUGGAAAUCAGGGGGUGGGGCUGAAAGUUGCAACCCUUUAAUUACGUGGUUGGCCCCCUGGCAACCAGCCCCCAUCCUUAGGUGCUUUCCAAAAGUCACCUCUUUAACAUAAACCCAGUUGUGUUUAUGGAAACCCAUGGAAAGGGGCUUGUUAUGAAUAGCAAGACACCGGUUCACCUCUAUGGCUCUGAAGUGGUUUCAGGAACCGAAGACAAGAUGUUUUAACACAAGACGGUUUCCUCACUCAUCACUCAGGAAAUCCAUGGGUUUUUUUUGGAACUCUGUGCCAGAAAUAAGGUGAAGCCCAAAUACAUAUUUCUUACUAUAAAACACAAUAUCCCCAGCAGGUUUAAGGGAAACCAGUAAACAAGUUUUGGCCAUUCCUGAAAAAACCUUUCUUGCUGGUAAAAUGAUUGGCAGUUUUAUUUGAAGGUGUGCAGGGUGAUAAGGCUAUCUUCACCAAGGUAUAGAAGCAAGCCAAGGGGCCAGUCACUAGGUGUGUGUCUGGACUUGUCAAGCCAGGAGGUGUUUGCCGUGUUUGUGCUGGACCUUAUAAAAGAGUCUUUUAACGUGGGUGAGAAGGCAAUUUCAGGACCCCUCGCUAAUGGGACCAGUCAAGAAUUUUACCAGCCAAGUAGAUGAAUGUAAUUGUAUUGGGUGACCCUGUCUCAAAGAUCAGGAAUUAUUUUCCCAAGGUGGUGAGCCGAGAAGUGAUAGGGUCAUAGGGAACUGGGUAAAUACAGGAUUGAUCGCACUCUGGACUUCAACCCUCUCCCUAACAAGUUCAUCACGUUAAAGGAGCCUUCUCAAAACUGGAUCCACCUUCUUGACAUAGAUGGUGGUUGGCACUCGCCGUUACCAGGUUUUCCCCACUGGCCACCAUCAACAUCUCCAAAUUCAUUUUUGAGGUGCUUUAAUACGCUCCACACUGGUGAUGUACUAUUUAAAUGGCUCAAAUGAAAAGAGAACAAAUGGACCCUGCAUUGUGCAAACUCUCCAACCAAUGCCCCCAGCCGUCACAUCCACCCACAAGACUCCUUGAGAAACUUGAGUUCAAGAUAAGAAGCCGUGCACUUCCUUUUUCUGGUUGUUGUUCACUCUGAGGAGCUGCCAGACGGGGUGACAAGCCAAGGGCUUUUCGUCUUGUGGGAGCACUUGCCACACCUUGCGUGAGAACAUUUCUCAGAUCCAGCUCAUGGUUCCUGGAAUCUCAACUGCUAUGGGAAACAGGUGCCUGUCCCUGCUCUUAGGUCUCAGUGUCCUGCUGGCUCUGUCAGGAUCAGAAGCAAAGAAUUCCGGAGCUUUCUGUCCGCCGUGCCCAGAAAAUGCCGACUGCUACAACAGCACCCACUGUACAUGCAAAGGUGGAUUUCAGUCCACUUCUGGGAGGAGAUACUUCAAGCCCAAUGAGAAAUGUGAAGAUAUUGAUGAGUGUGAGACUGGACUGGCAAAGUGCCAACAGAAGGCAUAUUGCAGAAAUCAAAUUGGAAGUUACUACUGCAGCUGUGUUCCAGAUUUUCCCAUCUUCAACUGGGUGGCUAGCAUCGUUAAACUGAAUCAUGACAAAUGUUAUGAGGAUGCUGGUGAGCAGCCACCGCUACCAGGGAAGGUUUGGGAAAUUCUAAGGAACAAUGGCAGCAAAAAACACAUUGCAGAAAAGGCUACCCAACUUCUUCAACAAAUAGAAUUGCUCAUAUGGAAUAAGAGUUUUGUUUCUCCCGGAAAGCAUGAAAAUGCUACGCUUGACAUAGUCUAUGAAACCAAGAGGUGCAACGAGACAAGUGAGACUAUUCUGGAGGCUGGAAAUAACACGAUGAAUAUCGACUGUUCUGCCGCCUUCAAAGGAGCCACAAGAGAUAGCAAUGUUGUUGCACUGAUCACUUACCGGUCUCUUGGGAAUAUUCUAAAUGGAUCCUAUUUUGGCAAUAGAAGAGGGGCAAAGGGAGUCAAACUGAACUCUCAAGUGAUGAGUGGCUCCAUUGGUGUGAAGGAGAAAAAGGAUCUAUCUAAACCUGUGUUCCUGACCCUCCAACAUACUCAGCCUGGCGGUAGGAGGAAAAAACAUCUCUGUGUCUACUGGAAAGGAUCGGAGGAGGGAGGUAGCUGGUCGACAGAGGGAUGCUCUCACUGGGGCAGCAACGAGUCUCACACCAAGUGCGCGUGCUCCCACCUCUCCAGCUUUGCUGUCCUCGUGGCUUUUGCUCCCAAGGAAGAUCCUGUGCUGACUGUGAUCACCUAUGUGGGGCUGAGCCUCUCUUUGCUGUGCCUCCUCCUGGCAGCCCUCACCUUCCUCCUGUGCCGGCCCAUCCAGAACACCAGCACCUCCCUGCACCUGCACCUCUCCAUCUGCCUCUUCCUGGCCCACCUCCUCUUCCUCACAGGGAUUAACCAAACUGAGCCUGAGGUGCUGUGCUCCGUCAUUGCAGGUGUGCUGCACUACCUCUACUUGGCCUCCUUCACUUGGAUGUUUCUCGAAGGGCUCCACCUCUUCCUCACUGUCAGGAACCUCAAGGUGGCCAACUACACCAGCGCAGGCAGAUUCAAGAAGAGGUUCAUGUACCCUUUCGGCUACAGGCUCCCAGCUCUGAUUGUGGCUGUCUCUGCAAUAGCAGGACACAAAAAUUACGGAACGUAUACUCACUGCUGGCUCAAGCUUGAUAAAGGGUUCAUCUGGAGCUUCACGGGGCCAGUGGCCCUCAUUAUCUUGAUAAACUUGGUGUUCUACUUCCAAGUUCUGUGGAUUUUGAGAAGCAAACUUUCCUCCCUCAAUAAAGAAGUUUCCACCAUUCAGGACACCAGAGCCAUGACAUUUAAAGCCAUUGCUCAGCUAUUUAUCCUGGGCUGUUCUUGGGGCCUUGGUUAUUUUAUGGUUGAAGAAAUUGGGAAGACAAUGGAAUUGGUCAUUGCCUACGCCUUCACCGUCAUCAAUAUCCUGCAGGGAGUUCUGCUCUUCGUGGUACACUGUCUCCUUAAUCGCCAGGUGCGAAUGGAAUUCCAGAAAUGGCUUAGAGGGUUGCGGAAAGAGGCCGAAACUGAAAGCACUGAGGUAUCACACGUCGCCACCCACACCAAAACGGUACGAUGUGCUCUCCUGCAACGCCGUGCCCCUGUCUCUGCCCAACAUCUUGUCUUAGUCUUUAAAGUGUUUUGGUCAAUCUCCUCUUCCUCAAGAAAAACUGGACAAGUCAUCGGAGCUCUUCUGUGGGAGAGACCCUGCGUCUGUCCAGCCGCAGCCUAGAGCUCAACUUGUGACUAUUUAUUGGCAAAAAACAGAAAGUUGAGCGGCGCGUGGACGACACCCCCUCGUGGUCACACAUGGAUUGGACAAAUGGCACCGUCUACCUACCAUUCCCGUGAAAAUGACUCCUUCCCCUAUUUUGGCUUCUGUCUCCAUAGAGAGAGGGCACAUAGGAGAAUUCUUAGAUCCAGAAUCUGUAUUGUACAUCACGUGCAAUUAAAUGCUCAAGGAAUCGUUCUUAACGAUGAGGGAAAAAUAAGUGGAUUUUCUUCUUCCAGCCAUUAUUACCACUUAGUGGAAGACGAAUUGGCUGACAUCUGGAUUCAGCUUACAGAUCCCUCUCUGGCCUCUCUGUUGCAUUCUGUGCUCCCAAAGAUCUUGCAUCACUUGACAUUUGCAUAAUGCAAUAAUUUCCAUAGGGAUUCAUAUUUAAAAUGGGGUUGCAGUCUUGCAAUGCAAAAAUAUACCACCAUCCCCACUUAGGGGUGAAUUGUCACCAGGAAGGAUUUUGUGGUCAGGUCACCAGACCUUUCCUGUUUUCUUUGCCUGAUAACUGUUUUGAACCUACCGGAGAAUUUUGUUUUCUUAGUGUCGUCUCCAACAUGUCCUAGUAUAAAUGUUCCCAAAUCAAAGCAGUGUGGCACGUCACAGCAGUGAUUUGAUCUCAUUUGUUUUGUUUCUAUCUGAAAUGUUCCUAUUUUACUAUUAUUUUUAACCCCCUUCAUUUACUAACACUGAGAUGCAUGUCCUAAUAUUUAAUAUCCUGUUCUAUGGCUUUGAUUCAGUUUAUUUUUAAGUUUAUUUAUUUUUCUUUUCUCUCCCUGGCUUUUCUUG